AUGGAGAAUCUUGAUGAAAAACAAGAAGAAUUAGAACCUAUCGAAUCUGUUGAUGUAGAAUUAUCACCAGAGCCAAUAGAUGAAACUAAUAAUAUUAAACAAAUACGAACUACAACAUCCGUAAUUCAAUCUCUUCUACUCGAACCAAUCGAAGACAAAGAUGAUAAAAAUACCAAGAAGAAAAAUAAAAUAAAAACUCUUCGUCAGAAAGAAUUAGAACGUUUAACAAAAGCAGUAAACAUGAUAUUAACUUCUCCUGAACAAUUGAACAUUGUAUGUGAACGUAUUAAUUCAUUGUUAUCAGGUCACAAAAAAAUAUUGCUUGCUGCUUGCCAUGCACUAGAUAAACUUGAUUCAGGUCGUUUACCGUAUGAACAAUUUCGACUUAUCAUCAGAGAUCGAUUGCCUGAAAUGAUUGGCGAAGAUAUUUUUUCUCUAACAAAAUUAUUUGAAAUCGAAGGUUUAAUAGACUAUCAGAUAAUAUUAGAUGAAAAAUUUGGCGAUGGUAUUUUACGAUAUAUAUCAGUAUUACCUGUACCAAAAUCAAAAGAAAUAGUUCUUGAAAAAAGAAUACCAAAUCAAUUUCGAAAAUUCUUCAAUGAAUCUGUACAACUGAAUCAGUCUAGAUAUAUUACUGUUCAUCUUCGUAGUAUCACAUUUGAUUCGUUCAACACAUAUCCUGGUCAUUUAGAUAUUACUGUACCAGAUCAUAUGAGUAUCUAUGCUCUAUCAAAAAUGAUUAUUGACAAAACAGAUUUAGCAACAAGGUCCGUCAGUUUAUUUCGUGAAAAAUGUCCAUCACGUAAUACUCUUCUGGAUCCAAUGCGUUCACUUGAAAGUCAUGCUUAUCUAGGUGCCUAUGUAGAUGGUACGCACAAUCAAUCAUUUCCGAGCUAUACACUCUACUAUGAUCAUUUGCCGGUACUUGUACCUGCUGAUUGUCCAAUACUUAAAUGUGAUUAUUUCAUGAAAUGA